GUGCGCUCAACUCUGAAGCUGAAAAUGCUUUUAAAUUCGUGCUCGAUUUCGAUUUUGUGGCUGUCCGUGCUGCUGGCUGCGGCGUAUGAGGUGCCCAAAGCGCAAGUGCGUGUGUUCUAUCCCAGAGGAUUUGAGGUAUCCAUACCGCAUGAGGCGGGCAUCUCAUUGUUUGCAUUUCACGGCAAGCUCAAUGAGGAGUUCGAUGGCCUGGAGGCGGGUCGUUGGGCGCGCGAUAUACCCAGAGCCAAGCGCGAACGCUGGACGUUUCGGGAUCGCGAGACGGCACUGAAGCUGGGCGAUACGCUCUACUACUGGACGUAUGUAAUCUAUAACGGGUUGGGCUAUCGCGAGGAUGAUGCGGCCCAUGUGGUAACCGAGUACAUCAAUGAGCGGCAGCAGCAGCAGCGCACGUAGCGUAUGCGUAAUGCCAGCGCAUAAUGCAAUUAACUCAACUGAUAUUUAAAUAAAUAUGCAAUGGUAUGAAAAAAAAAUAAAAUGAUAUAUAAUACGCUUUAA